UGUCGUAACUGUGAUUUCGCGCUUGCGAUUUGUUGGGGCCGCGCUUUCAGCCAUAUAUGACUACCAGAGGUUGAAGACAAUACGUAGGAGUUGCAUUCGCCGAUCUGGAUAAUCUCGAUCAUCCUGCCUUGGGAUUGGGACUAACCGAAGAACCUAAACGAAAAAAGAUUAAAUUUAGCAACAUUUGUUUGGGGAUCGUUGCUAUUGCUGGGCCGAGGACCUGGCGAGGUAAUGUCCUAUAACUGGACGAGCAAGCAAGCUUUCAACUUUUCACUUUAUCGAGUAUCGCGACCGCAACUAGAUGGCUAAUCACACUGCGGUGACCAUCGAUGGAGUCGAAACGGCGCUUGACGUAAAGAAGAGAAAGCAACAGCUAAAUGUGUUGCAUAACGAAAGUAUUCUGGUUAGAAUACUGCAAGGGAAGACAUGCACGCCAUUGUCAUUGUCCGAUUUUAGAACAUAUUUGGAGAAAAAAGAGUUUUCAGAAGAAAAUCUGGAUGUUCUCGAGUGGUUUAUCAGCUACCGCCACAGAUUUAUGGCUCUUCCAGAGUCAGAACGUGCGCUCUCACCCGCCCCUGUUUUCAGCGCUGAAAAUGAAGCAGAUACCGCUCACACCGGAGAUAAUCUCGUAAAAGCACUUUUCUCAACGAGCCAAAAUGGGGUCGGUGUUGGAGCGGCGCCACUCAAAAGUUCUAUCCUCACUGCCGAUGGUCCUCCUACAGGAGCGACAGCGUCUGCGGAAUGGCUGCCUUUCGGGUGUCCACCCCCUGAAAAAGUCGUGCUGACAUGUACAGAGGAUGCUAAAAGACAACCGUUUCGGACAGAGAUCAAUGCCGCCAUUCAACUCUUUUUCACAACUGGGGCAUCGAAAGAGCUCAACAUCACUUCUGCCAUGCGCAAAUCUAUUUGCGACAAGGCAGCUAGUACUACACAUCCCGAUGUAUUUGCUCCAGUUGUCAAGCACUGUCUUGAUAUCAUGGGCACGUCCAGUGUACCGGCAUUUAUGCAUUAUGCUGCCCAAAAUGUGCAGACGCCUGCAAGGAUUUCACGGACUGUGGCAGCAUCUUUGACGUCGUUGUUGGGUGUACUAUUAGUGGCUCUGCUGAUUCACAACAAUGUGACGCGCUGGUCUCGCGUCUCUGCGUUCCCCCUCUUUGCAACAGCAGGUCUCCUCUACGUUGCCGUCUACAGUAAAAUGUGUCCCCUUCGAAUGGCAGCUCGCAAAAAAGAAAUACUUGUCACCGAAGUUGACCCAGACGCCAAACGGGGAUUCUUCAAAAGACUCAAACAGCCCUCACCUGACAAAUCUCAGUUGCCUACUAGGAGUAAGGUCGUCAUCCAAAUUGUUGAGGAGCCAUUGGUGUUGAGUAGGCAAGCGAAGAUGACGCUGUGGAUCUGUGUGUGGGCUGUUAUAGCGGGGGUGGUUAUGACCGCCAUUGCAGUGGCGAUUCCUCUAUGAGAGAUUAUAUGUGCUUUGUACCCAGCACGUAGCAUCUACCAUACGAGCAUUGUUUUUUUUCUUCUUCUUCUAUGACAAGCGGCUUUUGUCCUCUAUGUCAGAAUAUAUCUCAAGUUUAAAUGGGUCCACAACA